CAUGUACGUGCGUCUUCAUAUGUCUGCCUUACCUUAGAGCCAUGCCAAAUUGAAAGGGUCUUCCUCAUUCAUCCUAUCAGUUUAGGUCUCUGAGCAUAACGGUGUGAUCACUGGCCACUCAUAUGAAAGUCGAUGCUCCCCCUAAAAAGCUGUACAAUCAUUAUGCCAUCACAUGACCCCGUUCGAGUACAACCAGAGAACAUAAACUCAUAUUGUGAUUGUAAAAAAAGGUUCCGCCGAGCGAUUUGGUGUUUCUGAUGGUGAUGGCUCGGACGCAUACGAUUUUAUUGAUGAACAUGGAAAGCCGUCAUCUCCGAGUGUAAAGAAUAAAAUAGUCACCAGCAGGGCACACGGGCGGGCAUUGUUCUAGGUGGAACAGUCUCUGACCUGGCCCCCAGAAAUACAAACCAGGAUGCAAAGGUAUAAAGGUGAAGGCGGCAAGACUAGCAACAACGACGCAGCGCGGAUCAAGGUCUCGGUCUGCAGCAAAGGCAAUGAGCCUAUUACUGUACAGACCCGCGGCCGCCAACGUUUCCUCACUCCCAACGUCCCAUACCUACCAGAUGCAGAGUUCCCCCCUGAAGAUUCCCGUCCUCGCAUUAUCGACCCAGAAUCACCAACACCUCGUGCAUCAAUCCAAGUCCUUGACAUUUCCACAGGGGAAAUCGUCCUCGAAGCAGCCAAACCCGGUCCUUGUGGUCUACAUCAGGAGGAAGAUCCACGCCCGACGCUAGAGUUUCUUACAACCCUGGAGCCUGACGAACCACUUGUCAGAUAUGUAGACGUUAGCAGCUUGAUAUCUAAGCUCCCGGAUGGGAAGUAUGGUCUUCGGAUGGAACCUAGGGGUAUGUGGUGGUGCACUGGUGGCUAUGGGGAUUUUGGGAUUGAGCCUGAGGAUCGUGUGCCUCACCAUGUCUUUUCGACUCUGAUCCCUCCAGACAUAUUAAGGUGCGAGGAUGUUGUGGAGCUGAAGAUAAAGAAUGGAACUGUGCUGCCGUAAUUUGAGAGUCUGGAGAUUCUCAUCAUCAUAGUUGAACAUUGAGUUAUUUAAGAUCAAGUGCCGCUUAUCCGGCCUGUGUAGUUUCUCUCUUUCAAGCUAGGAUGCGACGUUUCCUCGCUUACUUUCUCCGAAUCCGAGAUGCAGCUUUCAAAGGCUCUAUAAUCCAACUUUGAUCCAAAUCAUUCGGAUCAUCCCCCGCCGAAGUAAACCAUACAACUUCGAACCCCAGGACCUUGGAACUCUUUGGGAAUACAAAUGAAG